CCACGCAUCGCAACGCAAGUGGUUACUUUUUUGUCUGCUCGCUUGUGAUUCCUUAAACUUUUGAGACAAAAGUAAUAAAAAAUGUGGCUGUCCGUGUCGUUGUUUCUACUAGUGUCAUGUGUAGUAGUAUCGAAAACAGAACCAGUGGAUCUUAGCCGUCAAAGCGACGUUCUCUUCUCACCUGAAAGUGCUAAUCGUCAGAAAAGUUUACAGAAUAUACAAGAAUUAGCGAUGCGUCUAAAACAGAGUGCGAAUUUAAAAGAACCUCAUAAGUGGAAUGACAUGGGUUUUAAUUUCGAUCCUAAAGAUGUGGACAUGGCUGAAAUAAACGAUGAAAUUUUUAAUGAUUUUGACGAUCUACAAGUGAAAGAAUUAGAUGAUGUGGACAUAAAAAAGUUUUCAAACUUGUUGAUAUCACUUCUGAAUCAACCGACGUGGGCAAAUCCAUUAGUUGUCGUUGAAGAUCCACUACUAGACGAGUCUGAUGGUGAUGAUGAUGAUGAAGGCUUGAAUGAACUGGAAAUUCCUUUUGAAAAAAGGUCGAGAUACUACCGACAAUAUCCAGGGAAAAGACAAAAUUAUCGAUCUAGAAACUCCUUCGACUAUGAAUCACUGCACGUUUGUACUCCAUCUCGAGAAGAUGUAUUCCAGCUAUUAGUAGCUCUGCAUGAUGUACGUCAAGGAAAUAAAUCACGAACUGUGAACUUCUGCAAACGUCGUAGACCUGUUGGUACAGUCUUUACAAACAUCCGUUUUCUUGGACGUAAAAAGUAAUGAAAGUGUACUCCAGCUCAAGGGACAAACAAAGCUUGUGUAAAUCAGAAUAAUUUUCGAAUUAGAAGUUAUCUCUUGCGUUAGUACACCAACACAUACAACAAUUUAUUGGUCAGAAUUUACUCAAAUGUAUAUUUUUGUAGCAUUUCACACUGUUAUAAAUUGUUUGUCAUAUAUAAAUACGUGGAAGAAAAUUCCACCAGAGAACAGAAUAAAUUAAUUUUAGUUUAUUUAUUGUAACGCUUAUGUGAUUGUCGAUUUUAUAAAAUGAAAAUUACUCUUUUAAUUAUUUCGUAAUUUAUCUAAGAACCUAG